GGCCCUAGCCAUGGCACAGGAGACUGAAAACUACGACCCCAUCGGAACCAUCCUAAUCCAGGUCCAUGAAGACCUUUAUCAGUUAAAGGAGAAAUUAACAAAUUUCCUACUUGAGGAAAAAGGAGAGGCUCUAAACAUUCAGAAUCUUGAAACUGCAAUCAAAAGGACUGAAAUGGGGUUAAGAAUUCACAUUGAGAAGUAUUUAAAUGUUGUAAACCAUCAUGUGUUAACGACUCCUAUUGAUGACGAUAAUUUAUAUUCUUCUCCCGCUUCCAAGUGGUAAGUUCCAUGACAAAAGUCCUUCUAAUACCCAAGUGAAGCACAGGGAACAAGAUGGGAACCCCAUCAAAAGCAUUCUUCAUUUCUUAUGGUUUUUCCUAGAGCCAAAGUGAAGGUUCAGAAGUUAAUAAAAGGGUCUACCAUAUCCAACCUCACAGUUCUACCAGCCUCUCAUCGCACGGAUCCCUACUUCACGCCCAUACCUGUCCUACAAGCAGAUGCCAGGAAAGGGUAUGUUCUUAUGAGAUUUUACCCUACUUCAUUUGUCUUUAAGCAUAGGGGGAAACGCAAAAGGUCAAGAGGACAUCAUGAUAGGAAGAUCAUGAAAGUCACAACACCUUCAAGAAUUGUGAAAUCACCAUGGGAUUUUGAUUUUUUUAUUUAUAAUGGUGUCAUAGACAAGACAGCCCCGGACUUCUUAGCAUUCAAGGAACAUUUUAAUUUAUCUUGGGGAAGUAUUUUUUCCCUCUUGGAACACAUCGAGAAGUUUAUCAGGGACUAUGCAAUACCAGAAGUUAAAAUAAAAGGGAACAAUUUGGUAGCCUUCCUUCCGGAGUUUGAGCUGAAGAAUAAACUUACCAGAUACGACUUUCUCUCACUGUUAGAGAACCCACUUCGUAUCCAGAUGAUGUUAAAUCUUCCAGGGCAAAGGUACAAGGGCCAAGAUGGAAGGUCAGAGGCUGCCAACAAGAUCCAAGCCACAUGGAAAUGCUUCAAGGCAAGAAAAUUCUUCCUCAUCUAUCGCCAGCAGAAGUGGGCAUCAGGUGUGAUUUCCAUUGCGUGGCUCUUACAUUGCCAUAAGACCCGAGUGAAGAAGAUCCUGAAGGAAUCACGUGAGAGACACCUGGAGAAUUUCCGUAUCCGAGCCAAGCAUCUGGCAGCCAACUGGAAUCGCAUCAGGACCUCCAGGAGGACUAUUAUCCAUAUCCCAUCAUUAGGAUAUUCUCUGCCUGUGAGGCAAAAUAUUGACGACUUCAACACACAGCAGAACAUGCAGCUGGGGAGGCUGUGUGACAUCUUAGAUGCCAAUGUGAGCGUCAUCUACAUCUGCUCCAUUCAGAUGAACGACGAAUUACUGCGGUAUUACAAUAAAAUCCUGAGUCUACAGGCAGCUGUCAAAUCGGGGAACCUUGAGGACAGAAGUGACCUGCAGGACAGGUUCAAAAUUAUCACCCCUGAAGCUAUAAACAUCUUCCCUAUGCUAGAACAGCUGGGUCAGCUGGUCAUAGAUCACCUGGAAAUCCAACGCUGGCUCUUUAAAAUGGACUAUGAGAUUGGAGGAAACGGGACUGCAUUUUGUGACAUUCCUUCCCACCUACAGUGCUACAAGUGGUUCCUACAGGAGAGGGGCAGAUACGGCCACGAGAACUGGAGGAAGAAAUGGGCACAAGAGCCAGCUUUGGUGAAGAUCUCCGAGGAGCUAGCGGGCAUUUUAGCACAGCACGCACAGCCAGUCAAUGAGAAACGGUUCCCGACGUGGAGGAAAUUCCUCCAAACAUUUCUCAGUCAAGGAGGCACGAUGGAAGCGUUCCCACCUACAGAAAGCGUCACCAGCCUGACAGUGGACAUGCUGAUCGAGCCCAAUGGAGAAAUCAGAGUGCUGUCCACGGGGGACCAGCUUCAUGCAGAAGGCCCCUUCAUCUCUACUGGUACUACCAUGCCUCAGACCUCGGUGGAUCCCCAAGUUCUCAGUUCUUUGUGCCUCAAAAUUGGAAAUGCUUGUAAAAUGAGAAAUGUGGUUGGUUACUUUUCUAUAGACCUGGUGACAUUUAUUGAUCCAACCACCUUGGAACAGCAGUCAGAUGAUGGUUUCAAAGUGAGAGUUUAUGUUUUGGGCGGCUUUCAGCUUGCUCAAUAA